AUGGUCAAUAACAUCAGCUACGCAGAUGACAUGGUACUGCUGGCCCCAUCUGUCAGCGCCCUCAACAAACUGCUGCGCAUAUGUGAGAGGUACGCGGAGGCCCAUGGUCUGAGGUACAAUGUCACAAAAAGCGAACUGCUCCUGUUCAAGGCGGGUAUCAAAACAUACUCAGUUCCACAGGUAAAGCUGAAUGGCGAUCCUUUGAAGCAAGUCACGCGUUUUAAAUACCUCGGACACUGGGUCUCAGAGUCCAUGAGUGAUGACCUGGACAUAGAACGGGAGCGUAGGGCCCUGGCGGUCAGAUGCAAUAUGGUGGCUCGCAGGUUUGCAAGGUGUUCUAAGAAUGUUAAAGUGACGCUCUUUAAAGCAUAUUGUCAGACCUUUUACACCUGCAGCCUGUGGGUUAACUACACGCAGAAGGCGCUCAGGGCCCUUAGAGUCCAGUACAACAAUGGUUUUAGGAUGCUGUUGGGGUUGCCGCGAUUUUGUAGUGCAUCGCAGAUGUUUACUGAUGCUCACACGGACAGCUUUGCCGCUAUUUUGCGCAGUGAAGAGGUUGAGUGGCAGCCCAAACAGCAUACUAAACACCAUUGCAGAUAG